AUGUCUUUCAAAGAAACCCCAUUUUACACUUUCGCCCCACCAGAUAUCACAAUAGUCGCCAAAGACCAAGCGUUCCGCGUCCACGAUUAUGUCUUAUCACCACAAUCAGAGUUCUUUAAAACCGCAUUGCAAUCCGAAACAAAGGAAGCCUAUGAAAGAUGCAUUAAAAUAUCCGAAAUCCAGCCCAAUGUCAUGACCGAGGUCUUGAACUGGCUAUACAGAGCACCACUCACCUCGCCCCUAGAUACUGGCGACACCGCCUUCUCCACUUCCUCAGUAGCAAAGAUGAAGGAAAUACUACAAGCCCACGAGUUCCUUCAAAUUAAAGGUGCUACGAGGGAGUACUGCAAAUUCAUUGAAGAUGAGUUGCAGAAGUUGGGGACUGAUCCGACCGUUCGUCAUCCACGCGAAGACGGCAACGGAACGUUUCUUACAUUCCACCGCAAUUAUACGAGCAAUAUCGCAGAGCUUUUGAAUGAAAUUUACAGAUCCGGAUGUACAGUUAGUAAGGAGGCCAUUGCGAGAUUGAUUGCUACUAUUUCUUACGAUAACAACGGGAAUGAAUGUCGAUUAUCGAGGUUUGCGACUGCGGUAGAGAAGCUACAGGAUCCCGAUGGGAGGUUCUUUCGGGAUAUUUCUCUUGCACUAAUUGCUCUGAGGAUGGCUAGAUAG